AUGGCUGCCAUGCACCAGGAUGAACUGCCGGACGAGGUGGAGUGCGCCAACUGCGGCACCACCCAGAACCUGCUCAAGUGCAGCAGGUGCCACACCGCCUGGUUCUGCGGCGUCAAGUGCCAGAAGGCCUACUGGCCCUUCCACCGCACGCAGUGCAAGCGCAACGAGUUUGCGGAUGCCAUCGAGGAGUCGGAGCCCAAGUUUGCGCGCUGGAUGCGCAAGCACGGCAAGCAGGCGGUGCUCAAGGAUGACGAAGUGGACCGGCUGGAGCGCGCGGGCGCUGCCGCCAGCGGCCCUAACCGGGAGGACGUGAUGGAUAGCAUGUAUGGCCGAGCAGAGCCCAAGCCCGCGGCCCCCAGGUACAGCGGCGAGGAGCUGGCGGCGAUGCGGCGGGAGGCAGAGGCGGCCAAGGCGGCGGCCCGCCUGGCGCUGCAGUGCGGCGGCAGCGCCGCCUACGCCGCCGUCGAGCUGCCGCCGCAGCUGAGCCUGGACUGCCAGCGGUACAAGUGGCGGCAGAGCCAGAGCCAUGUGGAGGUGUUUGUGCCUCUGCCCGAGGGCCUGCCGGCGGGGCGGGUGGCGGUGCAGCUCAGCACCUCUGCCAUCAGCGUGUGCGUGGACGAGGCGCCGGUGCUGGCGGGACGGCUGUACCGCGAGAUCAAGGCCGAGGAAAGCACCUGGUACGUCCAGGACGGCGUGCUGGAGGUGGUGAUGCUCAAGCGCUGCCGCCGGGGCAACUACGGGGCAGGCAAGACCAAUGCAGACACUUUCUGGAGGUCUGUGGUGCAGGGCGCGGUGCCGCACGAGACGCUGCCGCUGGAGCAGCCUCCCAUCGCGUACUACAGCGCCCCCUGCGAGGACCUGGAGAGGCAGCCGCCCCCGCGCCUCACCAGCGGGCGCGCCAAGCAGCGGGCAGAGGCGGCCUCUGCAGCUGUGCCGCCAGCGCUGACUGCGGCCUGA